AUGGUAUCUGAUUUCAAGGCUCUCGUUUUUGAUGUCGGUGGUGUCCUGUUGGACUGGGACCGCCACAACCUUGUUGCCAUCUCUCCUGAGCAGUUUCUGACCAUCUCAAAUUCCACAACCUGGCAUAGCCUGGACCGAGGCAAUGUCACGCUCAAGGAAGCUUGUCAGGAAUUCGGCAACAUACUUGGCGAACAUCCGUCUACUAUCGAGACCGCAUUGAAACAGGCUCAGCUUUCGUUGAAGCCAGUACCUGCACUUGUCCGAACAGUCAGGGAUUUGAAGGCGUCGAGGCCCGAUCUCAAAUUCUACGAGCAUUUCGAGAUAGUCCAAAGCACUGACCUCCCUUGGUCGAUAUUCGACAAGGUCUUCGCGUCAUGCGUUGAGGGCAUGCGGAAGCCAGACCUGUGCUUUUUUGAACAUGUCAUCAAGGAGAUUGGAGUUAAUCCCAGCGAGAUGAUUAUGAUUGAUGACACACCCGAGAAUAUAUGUGCGGCAAGGUCUCUGGGAAUGCAUGCGAUUUUCGUGCACAAGUCAUUGCCCAGCGCCAGCAAGAUCCUUCUCAAUCUGCUUCAAGAUCCGAUUGAAAGGGCAGAGGUGUUCUUGAAAGAUAAUGCCACAGAGCACCAUUCCGUUGUCGAGGGCCAUGAGGAGCUCACGCUCAAGGACAACUUUUCCCAGCUUAUGAUCUGGGAACUUACUGACGACGAAGACAUUGUCUACCUCAAAUGGCCAUAUAAAAGGACCCACGGAUCGAAUGGCCCUAGAAUUAACAGUGCGAUAUCAAAUGGCUACUCUACCGGCCACACCAAUGGCCAUGCCAAUAGCAACGUCAACAGCCAUACCAACGGCAACAUCGUCUACAACCCCAAUGGCAACGAUUUCCCGGCAUCAAAGGUCGAGAACGGACUCUGGAACUAUUUCUUUGAGGCCCCUGUUCUCACAACCCAUGACUUUCCUGCGGAUGCCGACACAACAGCGACAGCCUAUCUAUCACUCCCUGAGCAACACCUCGCCACCAUGCCGGACGUCCGACUUGUUUUGGCCAAGAUGAGUGACAACCUGGAUCUAGACGGGAUAAUGCAGGUAUACUUUGAUCCUAAAAGGCCUCGAACUGUCCCAGAGGUCUGCUGCAAUAUCCUGAGGUUGUUCCACAAGUUCGGCUUUGGAUCCGAUCCCCGGGCCAAGAAGUCCGAGAACUACGUUGUGGACUGUCUGAACAACAACGCAUGCCUCGACGGGACUCGGCAUUACUCAACCCCGGAAAGCUUUCUAUACUUUGUUGCGCGCCUAUAUGCCGAAACCCCCUCCGAUGUGCUUCGGAAAAGGUUGAAUGCAAUCAAGGCCCAACUCAUAGACCGACUCAGCGUGCCUACAAACCCAUUAGCCCUGGCACUCCGUUUGUUUGCCUGCCAGUUGGUUGACUUGGGUCCAGAGCUGUAUAGAAAGGAUCUGGAAACACUCGCGUCGCUUCAGGAGGAGGAUGGCGGUUGGCCUGCCGGCCAUUUCUGCCGCCUGGGGAGGACGGGGACUUGUAUCGGCAACCGGGGUUUGACAACUGCACUUGCGGUGAGGAUACUGCGGCAGGAAAAGCGAGCGGUUAAGACGUCAAGAGUCUGA